AUGUCUCAGUUUUGUUGCGCCAUUUUCUUGCUGGGGAUUUCAUCCCUAGCCACCGCCGCCAACUUAACUCUGAUUUACGAAUGGAAUGAAUUGGACUACGAGUUUCCGUCCGAGGCCAGCAGGACACAAGCAUUGCAAGAUGGAGCUUUUUAUCCAGAUUCGCGUUUUGAACCUCUUGACAUGGCUGCGUACGGAACAAGGAUCUUCCUCAGCCUUUUUACACAUGUUUUUGGCAUUCCGGUUAGUCUCGUGUCUUUGCCGACGUGGAGAGCGUCCUCCGCACCCCCGAAGCUCACUCCAGUCCCUUCGUGGGACAUGUAUGGAAAGGAAGGUUGCAACAAAAUUGAAGUUCCAAAAAAGCUGGAAGUGGAUUCCGUGGGCAGGAUGUGGAUUCUAGAUGACGGUAGCACCGAUUGCAAUUCUAAAAUUUGGACCAUCGACUUGAUCAACGAUGAUCAAACCAAACUUGUUCAUCGUUUUUCCCAAAAGUACGAUUUGCUGCACAUUGUGCUCGACGAGACGAAAAACGAAACCUUGGCCUACGUCUCGCGCUGGUUUUUUACACCUUUCAUUCCCACCACCACUACAAAACGAAUAUCUUGGACGUCUGCUGAGAAUAGUGCCACAACCGAAGUGCUGGAGUGCAUCAUCCUGAAAGAAAAAUUGCACCAAUGUUGGCGUUUCAUCAUCUUUCUUUUGUGCUCCUACGUAUUUACCGUGAUCUUCUUGACUUCCAUCAUUGUCCUGACACAGAACAGGAAAAAUAAUGCCCUUUCGCGAAACACAAAAGAGGUUCAUGAAAUGACCAUUGUCCGUGACAAACCAAACAAAGAACACGAAUUCCCCAACAACGCCUAUUCGAGGUCUUUUUCUCCUGAUCUAGAAGCAGCCGAAAAGGCCCAGUACGCGACCGACGAAGAAUGCGAAAGCGAUUACUUCGAGGCCGUGGAGUUUUGA